CGGGAUGAUCUAAUACUGGACAAAAAUAUGGAGUUUUAACGGCGACAAUGCAAUCGGAAUUUAACGAGUGAAUAGUUUCAUAUUCUCCAUUCUGGAACAUAUGGAGUUGUGUGAGUCUGUUGGUGAACUAUCUGGUAGUUCAGAACAUAUACUGCUUAGAAUAUUCAGUCAGAAACCGAUAUGCAUAAGGUUUUCUACAGAGGAAUCUUUAUCUUUAUGCUUUCUCAAACUGAAGAUCUUGCUUACUUCGGCUGUUUUUGUUCAUGAUUCUGUUUGCUUAUCGGCGAAUUCGACCAAAGAGCAUUCCUCUAAAAUGAUUGACUCCUUUAGGAAGCUAAAAGACAACAUAAAUUUGGCAGCACUCAUAGUAUUUUUCAGUCUUGAUAAUAACACUUGUGAUCACACUCCAACUCUACAGAUUUCUCAUCAUUCAUUUGGCUACUCCCAUCGUAUACCGAUAGAUUUGAUUUGCAAUUUCAACAACAAUGAAUUAAUGCACAGAGCUCUGUGUACAAAAUUAUCUUCAUUUUUGGACAGCUACCAUCGCGCUCUUCUGUUUCUUUGGAGGGAAGUAAAGUUUCCUCCAAAAACAUUAUUAUCUUACCAUUACGUAGUUCGGUCUUCUAUGUUCAGUAUACGUCUCCCGUGGAAGAUCGAAGAAACACGUGAAGAAAUUUGGCGGAAGAUCAUUCAUGAAAAAUUCAGUCUUCCACUGGAUACUCCACUCGUCCGACGAGGUCAGGCUUUACAUCCAGUACCUAGAAUAGUCACUUGGCUUGGCCCGUCCUCUGAACUUCUUGUGUGUCCUCAUGAAGCCGUUAAACAAGCACCUAAUAUAGGUCAAACCUACAUCGUUACAGGUCGGUAUACUUAUAAGCAUUAUCUUCAGGACGGAGUAGAUGACAGGAAUUGGGGUUGUGCAUAUCGAUCGCUCCAAACACUAGUAUCUUGGCUUAUGUGGCAAGGUGAAAUAACUCCAGGCCCAAUACCAUCUCUCAGAGAUAUUCAAGCUUCCAUUGUACGUUUUGGGGAUAAGCCAAAAAGUUUUAUCGGUAGUUGUCAGUGGAUUGGCUCACUAGAGGUGAGUUAUUGUUUGCAAGAGUUAUACAACAUUCAGUGUCGGCUUUUGCACAUCCCACAAGGACAUCAGAUGAACCAGCUAGCAGCACAUGCUCUUGCACAGCAUUUCACUUCCGGUGGAGGACCAGUUAUGGUUGGUGGUGGCCAAUUAGCUCAUACAAUUAUUGGUGUUCAGUUAUGUGAGUCAACAUUAAACGGUACUGAAUCUUCGUCAUAUCGCUAUUUAAUUCUGGAUCCUCAUUAUACUGGCCCCUUUGGAAAUAUUAAGCUUAUUACCGAAAAAGGUUGGUGUGGGUGGAAACUUCAAAGUUUCUGGAAAUCCAACGUUCAUUAUAAUCUUUGUCUUUUACCAGCCAGGAAAAGUAGUUGUGUAUGAUCUGAUUUUCCCAGUCUUUUCAUAGUACAUAUUUUUUGUUGUUAAAUCUAAUCAGUAAUUUUUUCAUGUUCAUACCAAGCUUAUUUCCCAUAUAAGUUAUUUUUUGUGAUAAAAUAAUCCAAGUUGUUAACAUUCCUUCCUAAUAAGGGUUUACUAAUUUCUUUCAUAAUGCUUUAUUACUGAUCUAAUUAUUGCAUAAUUAGUCCACCAAAUUAUCCAAAGGUGCUGCACCGUAGUACUAAUGAAGUAUCGGUUUUUACAUUUAUUACAUGUAUGACACAUUUAUUUAUGAAUUAUAUCAGUACUGGGUUCAAUUUGUUUUACUACUGUGAGAACACGGAAGUCACUCAUUGACAUACUAUAUAAUUGUCAGAAAUAUAGUUCGUUGAGUAUCAGAGUUGUAAUUAGAGCGGACCUUAUUUGCCGUAUUGUUUCUUUAUGUACAAAGACAAAUCAGAUCGGAACCAAAAGAUGACAAAACAACACUAUUUUAUUGGGAUUAGCAGAUAGCUCUCUCUGGCGGCCCAGUUGAUGAAGUACAGAGUUUCCUAACUAACGGAACUUACGUUUUCUCACGAAAAUGGGCCUUUAAACGGCCACGCUUUUUAUUGUAACAUAAAUUAGUAGUAAACUGAGAAUCUGCCAAUCAGUUCUUUCAAACAAUGGAUGUCAAGUGAUUAGCAAGAUUAUCUAUCCUUAGCGAUACCCCUUUUGUUUGCUUUCGUUUGAAAGUGUUAUUUCAGAGCGUGAAAGUCGACAAUCUAUUACAUGGAACCCGUUAGGUCACUGUGCCAAAGUGUCUCCACAAACAUAGUAUAACUAAGGAGGCAUCUAACAAAAUUCAAAAACCCUGAAACUGUAGUAUUGAAAAACGCGAGUUCAAUGGAGAAAUAUUUACCUUCAUAAACCAAGUAUGAAGUUGUUAUCAAAUAAAUGUUCAUUGGUCGGUCUACCAGUGUGUUAUGAGUUCUCAUACUGCAACCCAGUUAACCUUAUCGCUCAUUCUUGGAAUAUUUCACUCUAUAGGUCCCCAAAUCGAAACACUAUUGAACAGAAACAUAAUUAUAUUCCAAAUAGGAAAGGUUGAAUGAAAUUAGGAAUCAAAAUAAGGAGCACGUUAGUAUAUUUAUGAUUUUGCACGGGAUUCUAGAGUCUUCUCUGAGCACCCGCCAGUGUUGAUUGGCUAGGACAUUGCCAAUCAGUGUAUUCCAAUGCAAAUAUUCAUCCCGUUAAAACAGUGUUUCUCAUUUCCGUAAGAAUUUAAGUUAGGUCGCCUUGAUUAUAGAAGUUCACUCUCAUCAAAUGACAUUAGGAUACAAUGGUCUUCGACGUUGUAUAAACUCCCUGGAGGGCGUGGUAACUAAGACCACUGCUGUAUGUUAUCUUCACAAACUUCCUACUGAUUGCCGUAAAUCAACUCAAAUACCCCAUGAACCACCAUACUGGAGAGUUUUUCAGCAUUUUUAGUUGGCUUACUUUCGGAUUUUUGCACCUUACGAAGCUUGCCAUACCAAACCCUAAUGGCCCAAAACCACUCAGCUAUUGUUCUACCAGAUUUCAGGAGUAUUAAGUCUAUCUACAUUGUGGAGUAGUGUGACUCUAAGUGAAGGAGGUGUACCUUUCGUCGCAUUUCGCUCCUACAUAAGCGGCAUAGGUUAGCUACGAUAAUACUCGUACCCACCAGGUAGAAUCUGGUUGUUCAUCGAAAGACUUUUCUUGUAGGCUUUACUUGGAUAUAACGACAGAGAUUUUUGUUCAAUGUCACACUUUCCGAAUUCUUGGUGCAGCCGCUACUAACUUGUUAUUGUUUCUCCUCCUAACGAUUACCCACUGCACCCUCCCGUAGAACAAGAUAUCAACAAGUAGAUCCUGUUAUUACGGCAUAGGGACUGGGGGGGUAAUGCCUUUCAGAAUAUUUGAUAAUGAAAAGCGGUAGGUAAAAAUAUCAACUGAUAAUGACGAAAAAGGAAAGGAACAAAGGAAAUGGUAACUACGCUCGACUGUUUUGAUUAGCAAUUUUCAGUAAUUCAGGAAGUGUUGCACGUAUAUUAAGGUUACAAGUAGUUAAAUAAAUAGUCGUAGCAGUUAUAACAACUAGGGAUACUGAAGUUGAUCGAGGUAACCAUGCCUAACGUGCAACAAUUUAGUUUCGAUAUAAUUGUGGCGGUUUCAGAGUUUGAGGUUUUGCAUUAUUUCACAAACAAUGUAAGAUAAUAGAAACAUAUUGGCCGCGUUAAGUGCCCUAAGUUUGGAUUUGGAAACUGGUGACUGUCACUGAUUACUGAGAAGCCUAAGGGUUUCAGUAAAAUACAUCGAUGAAAUGUCACUGCCCAUUUUGCAAUCUACGAUUAUUGUCAGAUAUACUCUGACAAGUAUUUAUCUGAAUCUACCUCCUAAAUAUACUGUACGAUCUUUCUGCAUAUGUUUUGUGCUAGUGAACAUCCCUACAUUUAUACUUGCAAAAGGCGGUAGCCUUUAUAACUAUCUGAACAUAAGUUUAUGAUUAUUAAUUUCCACUUCGCGUGUGCUAUAUUUGAUUUUUGGAUAAAGGAAAUGUUAUUGCGAAUAUCCGUUUACUAGUUUUUUUCGGUCGCGUUGCUUUAUUUCCGGAUUUCUGUGAAAGGGAUUAAUCCGUCCUGUCCAACGUUUUAUUGCCGUGGCAGCCAUGACGGUUCCCCAUUCUUCGUUGGGCACUUUUCAGUCGGUCCAUCAGUGGCGUAGAGUUGCGAUUUUUGUCUGGUAGAAACAUCCUUUUCUUUUGAAAAGUAGUGAUUUAACGUCUACAAAAUAUUUAGUUAAGCAAUGUUUUGCAAAUGCAUUUUACAAUGCAAUUGUACAAGUCCCUCCUUGCGUCAUCGGAAGAAACGUUUUCCAAGGAAGUUCAUUCAUUUUGUUUACUUCGUAUUUAGAUUUGCCUUGAGAGUACCACUAUUAAUAAGCCAUCAUCCACAUGCUCUUUCAUUCCGAUAUAUCGGACUAAAGAAGCUCGACGUCGUGAAACAAAUGCACAGCACUAUUGGAGUUCUAAAAAUUCUGAUUUUAACUAGCAUAUGAUCCUUCAUAGAUAUGGAUUAUUACAGUCGCUUGGUAAUCUGAAAAAAUCAGCGUCAGUUUUGGAGAGUAAUGGAAUAAUAUUCGAGUGUUUAUAAAUGAGAAACAAAUGAUUGUUAUCUCUAGUUAAGCAGUUUUUACAUUAAGUGUAUAAGGUACAUUUUAUGGCUGUACAAGUCCUCUUAACAAGAUAUGACUUUACAUUCACUAGGAGAUGAGUGAUCUCUUUGAAUCGGUUGGUCAGUAUAAGCUCCACUAAGACGUAAAGUGUCUGAAGUGAUACUUAGAGAAAUAUUUAUUAAUAUCAAAGGAACAAUCCAGAUGCUUGAUGUUAUAUCACUUCAUUCAUAAAGGUCUUCUGUGAAUGACUCACCAUCCCGAUAGGAGCUGAAGCUUCGUAUUAGCAUUUUAGCCAUGUUUACCCUUAUUAUAUUCAAAUAGUAAUCCCAUUGUUGUGCGAGUGAAUCAAGUAUAUAAGUUUAAAAAAACUAUGUGAUCACCAUACUUAGUCUGGGACAAGCAGCAAAUAACAAUUAUGAAUACAAUAUAUUCAUUAUCGAAAGCAACAGUCUGUACAACUUGAUACGGCGGCAAAUGUCGCGUCACAACAGAAAUAAAUGCCAACGAUUAUGGAAGGUUGUUGUAUCAAUAAUAAUGACAAUCAUAUUACACUAUUUUUUCUGCCACACUGUACGUUCACUUUUAACCUACAUAAAACUGACGCUAUCGGAGUGACUCAUUGGAAAUAUGUCAGAUUUACUUGGGAAGAACACUCCGAUGCUUCAACAGUAACCAUCGACAACGACAGCCACAUGCACCUGCCUUAAAGUUUCAAAAUUUGGGAAUCACAUAGCCGUAUAUAAGCAUAAUCUUCGUAUUUUGUCAUAAAAGCCGCAAGAAUACUGGAUGCAUCAGUAAAGAAAUAGACGGUCGAUUAUUCAGAGUUCUAUGUUUCCACAUGUUGCAACGUAGAUUACACUGUCUUAUAUCACGUCGCAUGAAGAUGAGUACCUUUUUGGUCAAAUAAUAACAUGGACUUGAAAUGGAUUGUUCUGAAUUGACAAGAUUUUAUGAUGUGAACUUAUAAGCGCCCUUAACAGUUCCAAACAUUUAAUCAUUCGAAAGCUUUUAUGAAGUAAUUUUUAGUUCACAGACAAAUUUAAGAUAACUGUUUACAGUCUCUAUGUCCUCUGCAAUGUUUGUAUACUUUUCAAAUGUGUUCUACAUUUUACACUGGACUGCAGUAAAAUAUCAGUUGUACGUUCAAAAGGAUGUGUCACAGUUUAUCCCUGAUUGAUAUACUAGGUUAUAUUCAAUUUCACCUGACCAAUGACCGUUUAAACUGCUGAAGCUAUUAUUUCAAAGUGGUUGAUGUGGAUUAUCAAUAGUGUUGUAGCGGUAAAUAAAUCCCCAAAAUAAAUAGCUCUGUAAGUUUUCGACAUUGGAUGCUGACCACAUUAGAUUUAAUGGACUCACCUAACUGAAGGCGCUCGGUCAUGCAUCCACACCAGAUCACGAGUGGGAACGCCGUGCUCAACAUCCCUUGCAGUCGCUACCCAGAUUAGGUCAGCCGAUCCACGAUAUAUUGAUAGCCUAUCAAAUAUGUCUUUGAACCUCCUUGCCUCUGUCUUUUCAUUUCACUUGCUGGGUACGAUUCUUAUUAGAGGGUGUUACUGGUUAAAGAGUUGUCGAGCUCCGAAUACCUGUGGCAUCUUUCAGUAUGAAAAUUCAGCAGUGAUUUGAACUUUUUACCGUGGAUAUAUUGUAGACUUUAUUUGCCUGACAAUAUUUUCAAGUGUCUGGGUACCAAUUCAAGUCCAGCUGUGUAAUUUAGACAAACAUGUUCAAUCUUCUUUAUAGACUGUCCUCGUGGAUUUAAAUCCAGUUUAAUCUGAUAAUCAAAGUGAGCAAGCUUUAUUGUCCGUUGUCAACUACAGUAAUCUCAUUAGCUGUAAAGAUUACAUUGUGAACACCUAACCAAAAUGGAAAACAUGUGCUUUGUGGUCAAUUGUGAAUGUAGGAGCCAUGAUAGUGAAUGUAAAACUUAAGGUUUCAAUUGAAUCCAGGCCAUGAAGACUCCAAUCUCACUUUCCCUCGCUUUUAUGAUAAUACUAAAACAAUAUUCAGUAUCCAGUGAUGAGGAUAGUAGGUCCAUCGACCUAUAUUUAUCCUUGCACUUUGUAACACUAUGGAGGUCCAAUCUCGUUUUGAAUAUAUCAACAGAAGGUGCUGAUAUUACAUGUUCCGGUAGAGAAUUCAAGUAAUUCAAUACUCGGUGCGAGAAAGGAAACUCUAGAUGUAAACGAUUUAACCUCGGUUUUGAACUUUCUUCGAAUGUCCUCUCAAAAUGAUCAGUCCCAGACGGAAGCAAAAGAUAAAACAUGUUAAUACCAAGGUCAUCGUCCAGUAUACGAUAAGCCAAUAUUAAACCAUCCCGUAUUUUAAGGCAAGAUAACAGAAGUAAGUUAAGGUGUCUCAGUUGGUCGAUGUAAAAUAAGGUUCAGUCAAGAAAAAGUAGAAUAAUUGAGUGAAAUCAAUACGUGAUACAUUAAGUAUCGUUUCUGCUGCUAACGAAUUUAUCUACACACAUUUUGUUUAUCAUAUGAUUUAUUUCUAAUUGUUACUGUCACAUUGUCUAUAAAUUCAGAAAUGUGGUCAGCCCACAUGAGCCUUUAGAGCAGAGACGCCACAAGUAUUCGGAGUUUGAUAGUAUCUUACCCAGUAACACCUUUUAUAGUUGAAAUAUACCAAGGCAGUCAAUUCAGAAAUCAGAAACGAAGAAGUUCGUAGAAAUGUUUGAUACGUUAUCAGUCUAUCGAGAAGUGAUCAAUCUGAGCUUGCUGGAGGUGGUAGGAAACGUGAAGAAACUCCACAUUAACAGACAUCGUAGUGGUUGGCAAUAUGCAUUGAUAAGGAUGAAUAUUAAUCAUAUAUCGAUUCCCGAGCUGCUAAAUACUAACUGCCGACCAAUAACUAGAAAGGUGUUCUAUCAUCAAUUCCUACUAAGUCGAAACAUAUAUCGAAAUUGUGGUGUCAUAAAAAGUAAAUAAUCUUGGUUAACUGAUUUAGGAUUGCUUAGUAUCACUAUGUAAAUUCAAUAUCUAUCGUCAGGAUAGAUCAAGUAAGAAGAAAGAGGUGUGACAGCGGUGUAGUUACGGUUGUAAACGCGAACUGGUGUCGACCUACUUUUACAUGUCUCAAGUUUUAAAAUGACCUUGGAGAAAUCCAUUGAUUUUUU